UGUACUUUUUUUUCCCCAUUAAAAAGAGAGAGAAAAAACAAACAAAAAGUUUUCAAGAACAAUAUAAAUCAACCCAGUAAAAGUAUUAUUUUGGUCAAAUUGCAAUUUUCGUUUUAUACAAAUUGUGUGCUCUUAUAUGGUUUUUAUAAACUCGCAUUGAUUUGUUUGUCGAUUACAAUCUGACGUGUGCAAUUCGGAUCAUUGACCUUUGAAACAUAUCGUAAAUAAAGCAAGCAAUGCGUUUGAUAAUCUUUGUAUUAAUAGCGUUUAUUUUUCAAAUGACUUUUGGAGUUGAUCCAAAUAAUUUUAAAAAAUGUGAGCAAAGCAGCUUUUGCCGACGUUGCCGUAAAAUACCGCCGGGAAAUUCUAAAUUUGCUCUUGUUCCUGGCUCGAUGAAUACAUAUUCAAAUGCCAUAACAAUAGACCUGAUUAACAAAGAUACUCAACAUUUAUUUGUAGUUAAAUUAGAAGCCUUAGUGAAUAAUAGUUAUCGUUUAAUAAUUGAUGAGAAGACACCUUUAAGGCCCCGUUAUAAAGUAACGCAUGCUCUAGUAGCUGAACCUCAACCAGAAAAUAUCAAUAUUGAAAAGGAAGAUCAGAAUGAAGUUGUUUUAACAUCGGGUUACAAUAAAGCUGUGAUUGUAGCAGAUCCUUUUCGUAUUGACUUUUAUGAGAACAAUGUUUUAGCAGUGUCUGCCAAUGCUAAAGGUUUAAUGAAUUUUGAGCAUUUACGCAAAAAACCUUUCAAUCCAGAUGAGAAUGUAGUUGAAAAUUCUGAUGAUGUCAGUGAGACUAAUGAGAAGGGACCAUUUGCAACUCCUCAGGAAGAUGAUCCGGGGGCAUGGGAAGAGAAUUUCAAUUCUCAUCAUGACUCUAAACCCUAUGGUCCCGAGGCAGUUGCCCUAGAUUUUUCCUUUCCCGAAGCAGAAGCAUUAUUCGGUAUUCCUGAACAUGCGGACAGUUUCAUUUUGAAGUCAACUUCGGGUACCGAACCCUAUCGCUUAUACAAUUUGGAUGUGUUUGAGUAUCUUAUUGACAGCAAGAUGGCCUUGUAUGGCUCAGUGCCUGUGCUCUACGCUCACGGAACACAAUGUACUGCCGGUGUCUUGUGGUUAAAUGCUGCUGAAACUUGGGUAGAUAUUAACACGGCUGAGAGAAAUGUGGUGUCGUCUAUAGUAAGCUUUGUUUCUGGCUCUCGCAAAACGGAUCCGCAGUCGGCGCAUUUUAUGUCUGAGACGGGGAUAAUUGAUACUUUCAUUAUGCUAGGUCCUUCACCUAUGGAUGCUUUUAAACAGUACGCAUCUUUGACAGGCACCGCACCUUUGCCUCAAAUGUUUGCUUUAGCGUAUCAUCAAUGUCGUUGGAAUUAUAAUGAUGCUGCUGAUGUGGAAUCUGUUGUGACUAAAUUUGAUGAAUUCGAUAUACCUAUGGAUUCCAUGUGGCUAGACAUUGAGUAUACUGAUGGCAAAAAAUAUUUCACUUGGAACAGUUAUAAGUUUCCCGAACCUUUGGAAAUGAUCAAAAAUCUUACGGACUUAGGCCGACAUUUAAUUAUCAUUAUCGAUCCGCACAUUAAGCGAGACAAUAAUUACUUCUUUCACAAGAAUUGUACGGACGAAGGUUACUAUGUGAAGACUAAAGAGGGAAAGGAUUAUGAGGGUUGGUGUUGGCCCGGAGCAGCUAGUUACCCGGAUUUUUUCCGCAAAGAUGUGCGCGAUUACUAUGCCCAACAAUAUUUGUUAGAGAAUUUUAGAACUACAACAGGUGAUGUGAUGUUAUGGAACGAUAUGAACGAGCCGUCAGUCUUUAAUGGUCCAGAGGUUACAAUGCCUAAAGACCUAUUACAUGAGAACGAUUGGGAACAUCGUAAUUUGCAUAAUUUAUACGGGCAUAUGCACAUUAUGGCUACUUUUGAUGGUUUACGUAACCGGGAUCCGAAACAGCGGCCAUUUAUUUUAACACGUUCGCAUUAUGCUGGUUCGCAGCGCUAUGCGGCUAUUUGGACUGGAGAUAACUUAGCUGAUUGGGGUCAUUUGCAGCAUUCGAUAAAAAUGUGUCUUUCGGAAGCGGUAGCCGGUUUUUCGUUUUGUGGUGCUGAUGUUGGUGGCUUUUUUGGAAAUCCUACACCCGAAUUGUUUGGGCGCUGGUAUCAAACGGGCGCAUUCUUGCCAUUUUUCCGUUCUCAUUCCCACAUCGAUACUGCACGGCGUGAGCCCUGGCUAUAUCCGGAAGCUACACGUUUGAUUAUACGUGACGCUAUACGAAAACGUUAUUCUUAUUUGCCCUUGUGGUACACUAUGUUCUACGAACAUGAGCUUAAUGGCGGUCCCGUUAUAAGGCCUUUGUUGGCCCAUUAUCCCAAAGAUGCGAAUGGCUUUACUAUUGACAAUCAAUUCUUACUGCAAGACAGACUAAUGGUGCGACCUGUUAUGGAGCAAGGUGUCAGCAAAGUUAGUGUUUUCUUCCCGGCUAUUGAUGAUAAAAAAACAUCAAACUUAUGGUAUGAUACCGACGAUUAUCAAAAGUACGAUCAAGCGGGCUCACAAACAAUCCCAGUAAAUGAUUAUAAGAUACCAGUGUAUCAGCGCGGUGGUACAAUUGUGCCCAAAAAGGAGCGCAUACGCCGUGCCGCUACUCUUAUGAAAAAUGAUCCAUAUACUUUAAUUGUGGCCUUAGACAGAGAUGGCAAAGCCGAAGGCACUCUUUAUUUGGAUGAUGAGAAAACUUUCGAUUAUCGUCAGGGAAAAUUUAUAUAUAUUAAUUAUAAAUUCGAUGGUCGCAAGCUAUUUAAUGAAUUCAUUAAUAGACCUAAAUAUGUGUCGAAGUCGUGGAUUGAACGUGUCGUCAUCGCUGGUCUAACUAAGAAACCCAAAUCUGCCACCAUUAUUGUUGACGGACUAACCCAAGAGCUUGAAGUCCAACCGCAACAACAUGCUUAUGUUGUACGUAAGCCUGGAGUAGCUAUAAACAAAGACUUCGAAAUCAAAUUGAGUUUCUAAUUAAAUUUGCAGUCUUUUGCGUUUUUUGCAAAAAAUUUUUAAAUUCUUUUGGCGUUACGUUUGUAAAAAUUACGUUUUGAUUAGUAUUCCGAUAUUAUUAAUAUGGAAAUUAUAGCAUCUGAAAAUUGUUUAUUAAGAAAUUUAUAUUUUAAAUGCAAGA